AUGCGGCGCAGGUAUUCGCCAUCAAAGGAAGCGACGCCCGGCGCGCCGCCUCGCACGCUUGCGCAAACCUCGACGACGGUUAUUGAUGGCGAGCCGCGAGUGCGGCCGGGCAAGCAGGUAUUCCCGGCGGUGAGCGGCGUGGGCAGCCAGGCCUCGCCUCGCCUCGCCUCGCCUCGCCUCGCGCUGCCUCGCGGGCGCCUUUGUUUCGAGGCGCCGACCCCUGACCCCGUGCGCCACGCGAUAAAUGGGUCGCCGCGUACGACAGAGGUGGCGGCUGCCGACGCGCCGAGCAAGCGCGCCCGGCCGCCCUUCCUCAGCCCGCACCGACUCAAAGGAAGGCCUCGGCGAACGCCAGGUCUGUUGAAGCCGUGGCGACGGCCCGUCCUCUCGGGGCGUGUGGAGCGCAGCGUCCAGUGUUUCCUGGGGAAAAUAAAGGAGCGGGCGAGCGGCAAGCGCUGCCGCUGCGGCAUGGAACGGCCCGGUCCCGCGCGCUCCCCCGACGUCUCCGCGCUGACAGCCGCCGCCCCAGGGGGCCGCUCGGGUCGCGCCACGUCACAGCCCGCUGGCGAGCCAGUGAGGUCCGGGGCGCGUGGCCGGCUGCCCGCUGAACACCGAGGCCAGCCGCGCCCGUCUCCACCUUCAGUUUUGUGUCGCUAA